AUGUCCGAGCAGGAGGUACCUCCCUCUAUUGCGCAACGUAUUGUUAUAAAGUUUUUAGCUGCAGAAGGUGUAAAACCGGCCGAAAUCUUGAGAAGAUUGACUGCACAGUUCGGGGAAAAGACGCUGUCGCGAGCUAGAGUGUUUGCUUGGCAUAAACAGUUCGUGGAGGGCCGUGAACGUGUUGAAAAUGAGAGCCAUGACCGCAGACCCCGCACCAGCAUUACAGCGGGCAACAUCGACAGUGUUCGUCAACUUGUUGAAGGUGAUAGGCGUCUAACAACUUCGGAUAUUGCAAUUAAGGUUGGAAUAAGUUAUGGGAGCACUUACUCUAUACUCUCAGAGGAGCUAGGGUAUCGCAAGGUGUGUGCCAGGUGGGUUCCUCGUCUUCUGACAGUUGACCAGAAACUGAAUCGUUUUCAAGUGUGUAAGCGUCUUCUUGCUCGAUUUCGGGAAGAAGGAGACCCAUUUCUUUCUCACAUUGUCACCUGUGAUGAAACGUGGGUGCAUCACUACACCCCUGAGUCGAAACAAGCGAGUAUGGAGUGGAGGAAGAAAGGAGAAACCGGACCAGUGAAAGCCAAGUCACGAUUAUCGGCUGGCAAGGUUUUGGCUACCGUUUUUUUUGACCAGUGUGGCCUGCUGCACCUUGAUUUUUUGCAUGAGCGCAGAACAAUUAAUGCGGCGUACUACUGCAAAAUUUUGACUGAGGUCAGACUUGCAUAUCGCCGCAAAAGACGACACCUUCCAAUGAGAAAAGUGAUUCUCCUCCAUGACAAUGCUCGCCCCCAUACGGAAGCCCUGACAGUACAAAAAUUGGAGCAACUGGGUUGGGAGACACUGGAACACCCUCCAUACAGUCCAGACCUGUCUCCCUGCGACUUCCAUGUCUUUGGUCCUCUCAAGGAAGCUUUGGGAGGGCAAAAAUUCCACAGCGAUAAUGAGGUUGAAGCAUAUGUGCGCAAUUGGCUACAAACACGACCUGACUCUUUUUACCUGGAAGGAAUUAAAAAAUUACGUAUACGCUGGGAAAAAUGUGUUUCUAAAUCAGGAGAUUAUGUAGAAAAAUAA